AUGGAUCUCGCAAAGACGCUCAUACGCAGCGUGGUACGGGCUUUCUAUGAUACGCCCUUCGUUUUGGUCAUCGAUGCGUUGAUGGUCCACUCGGCAUUGCCCAAUGAGGACCUUGCAUACCUGUUGCAGAUCCCGAGCAAAGAGCUGCGAAAGCUAUGCGGAAAGUUAAAGGAGGACCGUCUGCUAUCAGUUCACUCGCGCCUGGAAACUCGCGAGGGUCAGCAACGACCGAUAAACAAAGACUACUACUAUGUCGACUUUCAUGCAACCAUCGAUGCCAUCAAGUAUCGCAUUUUCCAACUGACUCAAAAAGUUGAAAGCAUGUACAAGCCGAGCGAGGAGAAAAAGGAUUUUCACUGUCCGAGAUGUAAAGCUCAGUGGACAGAACUUGAAGUGCUGGAUAUACCAGUCCCAGAGGGGUUUGAGUGUCAUCGUUGCGGCGGUCUUCUCGAGAGAAAAGAGCAACUCGAUGCUGGCGACUCGACGGGACACGCGAAGCAGAGCAGGCUCAUGGAUCAGCUUUUUGGUCUGCUCAAAAUGCUGCAACAAGUUGAUUCCGAGGACAUUCCGAGUAACGACUUCGAUACUGCUUUCUCGCACGCCGUUCUUGUGGAGAGAAAUAUAGUUGUGAACCCAGGACAGCAAAGAGUGACUUUCAACGCUCCAGAGCCUCCUCCAGCUGCGGUGAAAGGCAUGAUGCCCCAGCUCGUUGCCGCGCAAUUAGAUGUCUCUGUGACUACAGGCUCCGAAAGAACAACCGCGGAACAAGCUGCAGAAGCUCAGCGAAAAGCAAAUAUUGCAGCGCAGAACAUCUUACCGGUCUGGCAUACGACUUCUACUGUCACUGGAGAGACCACCGUGGCUGGGAAGAAAGAUGGUGAACAGCAGGUAAAUGGCCGUGCUUUGCUGAAAGAGGAAGAAGACGAAAAGAAAAUUAGCACCGAGGAUGAGCAAAUGGCGGCAUACUAUGCGGAGAUGAGGCGAGAAGAGGACAUAGAACAAGAAAGGAAGAGAGUAGCACGAGAGCAAGAAGCAGCAUCGGAAGACGAGGAUGAAGGCGACUUUGAAGAUGUCUUGUCAGCAUCGCGAAACGGCACGCCUUCAAGUUCCAUGUCCGAAAAUUGGAAAGGGCCGCCAGUUUCUCAGACCAAUGGAAGCGUCAAGCGGAAAGGGAGCGAAUCUGGAAGCAGCGCACCUGCAACCAAUACUUCUACUCCUAUAGGCUCUGGCCAAGCAAUCGAGGAAGGAGAUGGUCCGGUACUUAAGAAGGUUAAGUUCGAGGAUCGAAAGAAUGGGGCAAGCGCGGUCAAAUCUGAGGCAGAAGAGCAGGUGGACAACGAUUCCGACGAAGAUGAGGAAGCGAAUUUUGAAGAUGCACUAUGA